CGGUCUAGGAUGGAGGGAUUUGCUGGAGUUCCGGGCUCCAUCGUCCUGCUCGCAGGCGGUCUCAUCAGCUUCUUCGCCAUUGGGAGAAUCGUGACGUAUGCGAGAUUGAGGGCGUUCAAGGGGCCCUUCUUGACCAACUUUACCAAUUGGCCUCACAGGAAGGCUUUGUUCCAGCAGAGGUGCCAGGAAUGGUACGGCGAGGUUUGUGAGAAAUAUGGCCCAAUAGCAAGAAUCGCUCCAAAUGUCCUGAUUACCUCUGACCCGGAUGUGUGGAUUCAUGUGAAUAACAAGCCCGGGUAUAAGCGUUCCGAGUGGUAUUAUACGGCCUGCCGCAUUGAGUAUCGACGAGACAAUGUCUUUACGCAGACUGACAACAAGAAGCAUGAGGCACGAAGAAAGCAAAUGGCCCCUGGGUACUCCGGAAGAGAAAACCCCGACCUUGAACAAAGCAUUAAUGAGCGCCUCCAAGAAUUCAUCAACUUGAUUAGGACAAAGUAUGUUUCCAACAGUGCCAAUGUUGUGCCGGUGGACAUGGCACGCAAAGUCCAAUUCUUCACCUUGGACGUCAUCAGCGGCGUUGGACUGGGCAAGACUUUCGGCAUGCUGCAAAGCGACAGCGACGUAGAGGGCUACCUACAGUCCAGUGAAGAAGGUCUUCAUAUUGCAAAUUUUGGUCUUGCAUUUGGCCUUAGUUGGAUCACGCAAGCGCCCUUCCUCGGCAAGUUCAUCGCCCCGUCACCACAGGACAGCAAGGGAUUCGGCAGGAUGAUGGCCACCUGUUUCCGCUAUGUCAACGAGCGCGUCGGAAAUCCGACAGACAAGCGAUCCGAUAUGCUGGCAUCCUUCAUCCGCCAUGGCAUCGAGGGCGACGAGUUGCGCUCAGAGGCUCUUGAACAGAUCGUUGCCGGCUCUGACACCACGGCAACCGGCAUCCGGUGCACCCUGCUUCACAUCAUCACCAACCCACGCGUAUACGCAAAGCUCCAACAGGAAAUCGACGAAGCCAUUCGAGACGGAAAAGCUCCCCAAGACGGCCUCAUCAGCCACAGCCAAGCAAAGCAACUUCCCUAUCUUCAGGCCACUAUCCGCGAGGCCAUGAGAGUCUGGCCGCCCGUUGCAAACGUCUUCUCGCGAGACAUUCCACCCGAGGGCGACACCGUCAAAGUCAACGGCGAGGAUGUCUUUUUGCCUGGAGGCGCCUGUAUCGGAUAUUCCGCGCUUGCAAUGCACCACAGCACCGAGAUUUACGGCAGCGACGCCAAGGCAUUCCGUCCAGAGCGCUGGUUCGAAGAAGACAAGGAUAAGCUUGCCCUCAUGCUUCGCACCAACGAGCUGAUUUUUGGUCACGGAAAAUUCCAGUGUCUCGGCAAAGCAGUUGCCCAGAUUGAAAUUGGCAAAAUAGUAUUCGAGAUAUUCCGCAACUUUGAUAUGGCUCUGAUCAACCCGACAAAGCCAUGGAUUGCUCUGAACUCGCUUGGAUUGUUUACCAUCUCGGACAUGUGGGUGCAGGUGAUGGAGAGGCAUGUGUAAGGGGCGCUUCAAGCUGGCGAUUUGCUCAAGGACGGAGAGCUUUUGGAUCUCACAUCUCAAGCCUGAAAGAUUGAUCAUGCAUUUUGUAUUCAGAUACUGCUAGCAGUAAUCAACUGUUCGUAAUAAUUCG